AUGGCAUGUCGGAAGACGAAGGGGAAAGCAACUCAGCCCCAAGUAGAGGAGAGAAAUCUGAGUAUAAGUGAGAACAUAAAAGGCCGUGAGGAUGUUAGCGUGGAUAGAUCUACACAGAAGAGAGGUACAGCUAGGGUUCCAGAUCUGCAAUCAGAGGAGUUAGCGAGAAUUGGGGAUGAAAUUCAAGAUUCGUCUGUUAAUAGGAUGGAAGCAGUUAAAGAGAAUUCGAAUUUGACUGCACCAGCAAAAUUGCAAUGGUCAGAAAUGGUAGAACGCGAUGAGAAGCAAGGAGUGUGGGCUAAGAAUGAUACAAGCAAAUUCAAAGCACCCUCAGAAAAAUUGCAAUUCAUACCGCCAAAGGAGGUGGCAGGUCAGAACAUUGCUCAGAUGCAGAUGGAGGAUGUUAAAACUGAAGCAGAGUACUGGGAAUCUUCCAUUGCAUGCUUUGUACUGGGUGCUCAUCCACCAAUAGGUGUUACGGAGAGAUAUUUCCAGAAGCUCUGGGGAAACCUAGGCAUUGAUAAGCCCUUAAUUGUGAAACCUUGGGAAGUAGAAAAAGGGAUCAAUUAUAAUGAUGUUGAGUAUGUUCCUAUAUGGAUACGUUUAUAUGGCUUGGAAGUUAAAUUUUGGAAUCUUAAUUCCCUUAGUAGAUUGGUAAGUGCAAUUGGAACUCCAAUUUUAGCAGAUGACUAUAUUGUUAGAAAGGAGAGAGUUCAGUUUGCUAGGAUACUGGUUGAAAUGAAAAUAGCAGCUAAUGUACCGGAUAAGCUGGUGUUUGAGGAUGAGAAGGGGCAUGUGAAAGUGCAGAAAAUCGUCUAUGAAUGGCUCCCCACUAAAUGCGAUCAUUGUUCGGAAUAUGGCCACCUCACUACUAAGUGCAUAAUUAAAUUGAGGAAAGAAGAAGAUAAACCCAAACAACCAGUGGCAACUUGGAAAAAAGUGGAAAACAAGGUUGAAGGACGAAGAAACGCUGCCAAGACUAUAGCAACUGAUGACAACCAAAGGAACUCAACAGUAAGAAGAAAAGAUCAAUCCUCAUGUGAGGUAAGUUUCAUCAACAGUAAUGGGCAGCUCGCAAAUAGCCUUCAUGAGGAAGGAAACCUAGAGAAGAAAAAGGGGGGCCAGAGCGGUGAAGAUGAGAAUAUGGUUAAAGCAAUGAAAAGUAGAAUCUGGGGAGUACAAGAGGAGAAUGGAAGGGAGAUUACUGAUCAGAAAGGCAUCGAAGAGCAUUUCGUUUGCUUCUUCAGAGAGCUAUUAGGAAAGACAAACAGGAGAGAAUCAGUGAAGGAAGAAAUGUUUAAGACUGGGCAUGUACUGGACGCGAAACUCUGGAAUAAAGCAGCCUUACUGAAGCAAGUUUGGCAGAUAGCUUCACAGAAAGACGCGUUAUGGAUUAAGUGGAUUCAUGGUGUUUAUCUCAAAAGCUCAUCAUUCUGGGAAGUUGAGGCUAAAAGCGAUGCUAGUUGGCAAUGGAAACAGCUCUUGAAGGUUAGGGAUCAUGGGAAACUUGGCUUUGCUGGAAGCAGUUGGCUGGCUUCAGCUACUGGUAAGUAUACUGUGAAAUUAGGGUAUGCUUGGUUUACAGGGAAUGAGAUGAAGGUUAGGGAAUCGCAGAGCAUAUGGUCACGAAUGAAUGUACCAAAACACUCAUUCAUAGCCUGGCUCACAUGGAAAAAGAGGUUAUGGACAAAAGAUAAACUCAUCUCAAUGCAUAUGGUUGAAAAUGAUCAGAGUUGUCUGCUGUGUAAGUUGCAGCUAGAAUCUGUUGAGCAUUUAUUUUUUCAGUGCAACUUUGCAGCAGCAGUAUUGGCGAAAAUUGUCAAAUGCCUGGGUUGCAGGAAAAUAGCAGCAAAUGAAGCACGGUUGAGAAUGCAAAUUCUGAACAUGUGGAAAGGAUAG